AUGAGCCUAGACUUCAACGUGCCACAAUACAGCUAUGAGCCACUGGAUGAGGGUAAUCACGGCAUCAGGCUGAUGACACUUUUACCGGCACCGACUAGAGAAGCCGAGAUUGUGUGUGAUCUCCGCAAUGUUCGGCUUACCGAGACAGACGUGCCCAGCUUUGAAGCACUCUCUUACACUUGGGGCUCUCCCAUGAGUCCGUCCAGACUCCGGGUCGCGUUUCUCACUAACGAGAAGAUUGACGUUACAAGGAACCUCACUGAAGCUCUACCUUGUCUCCGGGACACCGAAAAGCCACGGGCUCUCUGGAUCGAUGCUGUAUGUAUCAAUCAAAAGCCCUUGGCGGAAAGGGGACAACAAGUUCAGCGGAUGGCCCAUAUCUACAGCUUGGCGGAAAGAGUGAUAGUUUGGCUUGGUCUUGACAAUACCGACUCCAGGUUGACUAUGGCAACGUACUAUUGA